AUGGAAAAUGCCACAAACCCUGGGCUUCUCAGAAUGGAUAUUCUGACCUCCCUUGCCGAUUUACCCAAACGCAUUGCAAAAUGCUCCACGCUAGAGAAAAGCCGAAUAUAUCAAGAGAUCACCGUAGAGCUCAUCACAGAUGCAUUCCCAAACACAGCAGGACAUCGAUAUUACUGUCUUAUAGUCACUAGACGUAGACUUGAAGCAAAGCACCCAUGGAAUAUCAAAUACCUGCUGAAGGCCUUUGAAAUGCAUCGUCAACGUCACAUCGUAUUACGACAGAGCAGCAGCCUCAUGAAAUUAGCCCAAAAAACCUCAGAAAGCAUCUUACGAAGGAGAGUUGAGGCCAUAGAGGAAAACGAGUCGCUGCGUAAUACCCUAUCGAGUUUUCUUACUGCUGCGGAAUUUGUUGCUCAAGCUCAGAACGGUGGGUCCCAACUAUUUUGUAUACCCGAGCACGGAGUUGAUCUUUGCUGGGCUGUAGACACAGAGGUAGAACCAGAAGGUGGAAAUGACCGUAAUGAGGCUACAUCUGACUCAGAAACGGUUCGAAACACACCACAGUCUCCCGUUAACCAAGAUCAAGGAGAGGAAUCAACUUUAACAAACAUCUAUGGUUUUGUUCGCGCGAUUCUGGAUACAGCUCCUACUCAAACGGGAGCACCAAACAUAACCAUAAACAUGCCGCUCCAUAUUUACCAGAAUGACAACAUAGUGGUAAACCAGGGCCCAGGAUCAUGUAGUACCCCUACAGUUAUUGUUGGGGGAUCGGAUAAUAGAGGCGGAGGCAGCCAAUAUAUGUCUUCUCCCGAGUCGUCUACAUGA